GUGCUGUGCGCGGUGACUGGUGACUGGUGGCGGCCCCGGCGGCAUCUGCCGGCGUAAUAGUGCGGUCGACGGCUUAGAUAAGUUUAGCGGAGGCGGCGGUGGCGCCGACUGCGUGUUGGGCGUCGGGAGCGGGCCCGGAACUUGGCGCUCAGCAUGCCGACGGUGGAGGAGCUGUACCGCAACUACGGCAUCCUCGCCGAUGCCACGGAGCAAGUGGGCCAGCAUAAAGAUGCCUACCAAGUGAUACUGGAUGGCGUGAAAGGCGGCACCAAGGAGAAACGAUUAGCAGCUCAGUUUAUUCCAAAAUUCUUUAAGCAUUUUCCUGAACUGGCUGAUUCUGCAAUCAAUGCACAGUUAGACCUCUGUGAGGAUGAAGAUGUGUCAAUACGACGCCAAGCAAUUAAAGAGCUGCCUCAAUUUGCCACUGGAGAGAAUCUGCCAAGAGUAGCAGAUAUACUGACCCAACUUCUACAGACAGAUGACUCUGCAGAAUUUAAUUUGGUGAACAAUGCUUUAUUGAGUAUAUUUAAGAUGGAUGCAAAAGGAACGUUAGGUGGCUUAUUUAGCCAGAUUCUCCAAGGAGAAGACAUUGUUAGAGAAAGAGCAAUUAAAUUUCUGUCUACAAAACUCAAGACGCUCCCAGAUGAAGUGUUAACUAAGGAAGUAGAGGAACUCAUACUUACUGAGUCCAAAAAGGUCCUGGAAGAUGUAACUGGUGAAGAAUUUGUUCUAUUCAUGAAGAUACUGUCUGGCUUAAAAAGCUUACAGACAGUGAGUGGAAGACAACAGCUGGUAGAGCUGGUGGCAGAACAGGCUGACCUGGAGCAGACCUUCAGCCCCUCAGACCCUGACUGUGUAGACAGACUGCUACAGUGCACACGGCAGGCCGUACCUCUCUUCUCUAAAAAUGUACAUUCUACAAGGUUUGUGACAUACUUCUGUGAGCAAGUUCUCCCUAAUCUCAGUACCCUAACUACCCCAGUGGAGGGUCUUGAUAUACAGUUGGAGGUAUUAAAAUUGUUGGCAGAGAUGAGUUCAUUUUGUGGUGACAUGGAAAAACUAGAAACAAAUUUAAGAAAACUAUUUGAUAAGUUACUGGAGUAUAUGCCUCUCCCUCCAGAAGAAGCAGAAAAUGGAGAGAACGCUAGUAAUGAAGAGCCCAAGCUACAGUUCAGUUAUGUGGAAUGUUUAUUGUACAGUUUUCACCAAUUGGGCAGAAAACUUCCAGAUUUCUUAACAGCCAAACUGAAUGCAGAAAAGCUCAAAGAUUUCAAAAUCAGGUUGCAAUACUUUGCACGGGGCCUUCAAGUCUAUAUCAGACAACUUCGAUUGGCUCUCCAGGGUAAAACAGGCGAGGCCUUAAAAACUGAGGAGAACAAGAUAAAAGUUGUUGCAUUGAAGAUAACAAAUAAUAUCAAUGUUUUAAUCAAGGAUCUCUUCCACAUUCCUCCUUCAUAUAAGAGCACAGUAACAUUGUCCUGGAAACCUGUACAGAAAGUUGAGAUUGGGCAAAAGAGAGCAAAUGAAGAUACAAGUUCAGGUUCACCACCCAAGAAAUCUCCAGGAGGACCAAAAAGGGAUGCCAGACAGAUUUAUAAUCCUCCUAGUGGGAAGUACAGCAGCAAUUUGGGCAACUUUAAUUAUGGUGAGCGUUUUCGUUUGGGUACAAGCAGCCCAAGAGAUUAGGUAGAAAGUGAGCAGAGAGGAGCCUUCAGGGGAAGUAGAGGAGGCCGAGGUUGGGGAACACGAGGAAAUCGUAGUCGAGGAAGACUCUACUAGAGUGCGACAUCACAUUCUUCAGCAUUGUCAUGAGCUUAAAUCUACUACUCAUUGGAUUGCCGGGGAUGUCCCUUUAAAAGGACUGCUGCCUUCAGCUGAAAACGUAAUGUUCUUUCUACCUUUGUAUGUAUGAUCUACUUUUCUAACAGACCAUGGUUGUGUCCAAGGUAAAACCACAAUAAUAUUUUUGGAUGCUUUGUCUGCCGCCUUGACUUGUUUUCACAAUAUCCUCAUUAUCAGACUUCA